GGGAAGCUGAGCCGCUGCGAGGGCGCCGACGGCAGGUCCGGCACGGGGUCGUGGAAGAAGGAGCUGGGCAAGGGCAAGGACACGAUGGGCGACCUGCCGCGGGACCCGGCGCAGGUCAUCGACCAGCUGAGCCGCACCAUGCAGACCCUGAAGGACCGGCUGGAGAGCCUGGAGCACCAGCUCCGAGCCAACGUGUCGUACGCAGCGCUGCCCAGCGACCUUCGGGAGAUGCUUCAGCGGAGGCUCGGAGACCUGGAACGCCAACUGCUGAGCAAGGUGGCUGAGCUUGAGGAUGAGAAGUCUUUGCUUCAUAAUGAGACAUCAGCCCAUGGGCAGAAGACGGAGACGGCCUUGAAUGCCUUGCUAGAAAGAGUGUCUGAAUUAGAAAAAGGUAACAGUGCAUUUAAGUCACCUGAUGAAUUCAAAGUCUCCCUUCCUCUUCGUACAAACUACUUGUAUGGGAAGAUCAAGAAGACCCUGCCAGAGCUGUAUGCUUUUACUGUAUGCUUGUGGCUGAGAUCAAGUGCUUCUCCUGGAAUUGGCACUCCAUUCUCCUAUGCUGUUCCUGGACAGGCUAAUGAAAUUGUCCUUAUAGAAUGGGGGAAUAAUCCAAUUGAACUGCUAAUUAAUGAUAAGGUUGCCCAGCUCCCUCUCUUCGUUAGUGAUGGAAAAUGGCAUCAUAUUUGUAUAACAUGGACAACCAGAGAUGGAAUGUGGGAGGCUUUUCAGGAUGGAGAGAAGCUUGGUACAGGGGAGAAUCUUGCUCCUUGGCACCCUAUUAAACCUGGUGGUAUCUUGAUCCUGGGUCAGGAACAGGACACAGUAGGAGGAAGAUUUGAUGCAACUCAAGCCUUCGUUGGGGAGAUGAGCCAGUUCAAUAUAUGGGACAGGGUCUUAAAAGCUGAAGACAUCAUGAAUAUUGCUAACUGCUCUAUCAACAUGCCUGGCAACAUCAUACCCUGGGUUGAUAACAACGUUGAUGUGUUUGGAGGUGCUACUAAAUGGCCUGUGGAGACAUGUGAAGAGCAUUAG